UGGUUUUCUGUAGUGCCUAGGAGUCCCAGUCAUGGACAUGGAAGGGACUGUCUUUUGUUCUCCCAAAAAACUAAGUAGUACCAACACUUUAAUGCAGAAUGCUCAGGUUAGGGAGACGUAACCAUUUGAAGGCAAAUCAGAUGAAGGAGCUGGCGGGUCCUGCUGGAGAUAUUCUGUCUCCUCAGAUGUGAGAAGAAGCUCUUGGGCUCCUGGAGAGUAGAGUGGCUUUUGGGGAUGUUACUGCUGGAUUGUCCCCUCUUUCAUUCUUAGCACCAUGGGGGGUUUUCCUCUAGGGGGGGAGGGGAAGACAGGCCCCAAACUGAAAGGGAAACUUAGACAUGUUGUGAAGUUUUGAUUAGUUGGAAAAUCCCCUGAACGAAAUGAAAACCUUCCCAUUUCGUUGUCAAUGUUCCGCGGCAAAGCUGGACCCAGCUCUAAUCGAGCCGCAUUGGUGGGUAGCCUGCCUUGCCGCUGCUGCUCUGUCCCUGAGCUGUGGCUGUAGGACAUUGCUCUGCAGGACAGUUGGUCUCCGCCCACAUUCCCACUCUCCAGUAGGUUGGCACUCCGGAAAGAAAUUAGGUUGAGCUUAAGCUUCAGCAAAGGUUCUGGUUGGUCUCUUAGGGAUGUCUUCAUUACAUAGUUAACCUGGACUCUUACCUGGAUUUUAGUUCAAACCCUUUCCCUCCACUACAGUCCACAUAGAAAACCUCUGACCUGGGUGUGGUGGUGCUUUAAGCCCCGGUUUGCUGACCCUGCGGGACAGAACCUGGCUUCAGUUUAACUUGGGCUGGAUUCUGCCCUCUUUGCAGUGAGGACACAGGCAAAAAUCACUUGGGUGCUGGUACAGUUCUUCCCAGAGGAUGGACAAAGUCUCCCACAAUUGCCUGGGAAAGAAUCCUGGAGUGUCUCAGCACAGAGCACCAUGGGCCAUGACUCAUGUGGGUGGAUGUUCCUGGGCAGAACAGUCUCUUCCUCCUGAGUGGCUGGAAGUGGGAAUGCUCAUGCGAAGGUGCUUUGCAGAGAGAUGAGGAAACCGAGGCAUAACGAGGGGAAGAAACUUCUCCCCGGCUGCAGAGCUGCAGGCUCAGUCCAGAGUAAGGUGCUGCCCAAGAUGAGCUCCUCGUCACUGCUGGAGGACAACUCCAUAGAGCCCCCGGUGCUGCUGACUGACAUCAAGACAGAGCCCCCCGAAGAGCUGCUGGCUAGUGACUGCAACCAGCCCCAGGCCGAGCCAGUGGACCUGUCACUCAACAAGCCCAAGGUGUCGCUGCAGUCCUCCACCCUGCUGCCCUCCUCCAUCAGGUCCUCACCCAUGCUGGUGGCGCCGCCCAUCCAGGCCCCCGUGGUCUCCAUGUCACCCACGGGGCUGGGCUCUUCGUCCGCCAUCCCCGCUGUGCUGUCCCCUGGCUCCAUCCUGGCCUCCACGCAGGGCAGCGGGGGCCAGCAGAUCCUGCACGUCAUCCAUACAAUCCCCUCGGUCAACUUGCCCAGCAAGAUGGGCAACUUGCAGACUAUCCCAGUGGUGGUGCAGUCCCUGCCCGUGGUCUACACCACAAUGCCCACAGACGGGGUCACCGCCGCCAUCACCGUGCCCCUCAUUGGUGGCGAUGGCAAGAAUGCCGGAUCUGUGAAAAUUGACCCCAGCUCCAUGUACCCCCUGGAGAUGAACAGUGACAGCGAGGACAGCGUCACAGAAAGCAGCUCAGCCCCCUUCCAGGACCUGCAGAGAGAGUCGCGGUCGCCUGUGGCCCGGAUGCAGCGGGCCGAGUCCCCCGACUUGAAGAAGAGGCGGAUUCACCAGUGUGACUUCGAGGGCUGCAACAAGGUGUACACGAAAAGCUCCCACCUCAAAGCACAUAGGAGGAUACAUACAGGAGAGAAGCCGUACAAAUGCACCUGGGAAGGCUGCACCUGGAAGUUUGCCCGCUCCGACGAGCUCACCCGGCAUUUCCGCAAGCACACAGGCAUCAAGCCCUUCCGCUGCUCAGACUGUGACCGCAGCUUCUCACGCUCGGACCACCUGGCCUUACACCGCCGGCGGCACAUCAUGAUGUGACGGGGGGGGCUCCGGCUCCUCCACCGCCCCGCCCACCCCUGCCUUACCGGCCACAGCAAAGAGACUGCGAGACGGGAGGCACCGUCUCCAGCUUGAUUCAGCCUGGCAGCAGGCUGGAUGCCAGCUUGGCACCUGUGGCUGCCCACACCUGAGAAAGCAGACCUCCUACCAUGCACAUGAGGGCUAGAAUGAGGCUCUGGAGAGAAGCCUGCUCCCUCUCUUCUGUUCUCCUCCCCUUCCUUCAGCAGCUGGAAAGCCCUGGGAUUCCUUGAAAUGGCACCCAGCUCCUCAUCUGGCUUUGAUUUUUUUGCACAUUGCUUCCCCCUCCUGGGUCAGGAAACACAGUGGACGUCCAGCUCGUGUGAGCACAGUGCCAGCUUGUCCCAGAGCGACCCUGGCCUUGGCGAGCGAAUCAGACUGGCCGGACGGCGUCGCUGCUGCAGAAGGCUGCUGCUGGGGGUUGGAUUGGGGGUUUGGCUCACGGCUAGGGGCUGGCUGUCUCCUACCAACGGGCUGAUGCAAUAGGACUCCAUUCCGGUGAAGCUGGCACUGCCGCCUCUCCUGUUCCAUGACACGUCAAACAUGGCUUGUCCUAGCUGGUCCGUUGGACUCCCAUAGCUCCCGAGGCACUGCUGGCAUUGGAGAACCUGCCUGGCCUUGGCUCGAUCUCUCUCUUAUAUGAACACUUGGGUAACUGGCUGUUAACGAAGAGGCCUCAUUACUUGAGGACAAGGGGUUCGUGGUGUUUCCUGAGGAAGGAGGGCCCGAGGAACAAAGAAAAGGGAAAACUUUGCGGAACACGGAACUGUGAUGAUUUUAUGUGAUUUUAGGGGUGGGUGGGUUGGGGAACCUGAAUUCUGCCCACGCUGCAGGGCCAAGGAAUAGGACAGUAGAUGUGUUUCUAACUUAAACCUAGCAGCCUGGACACGGACUAUUGCAUUUUUCUAUUGCUCGUCUGGCCUGCAGAGGCUGAGCCGGCGCUGCCCUGUGCUCUUGGUAGACUCUUGGGGCGCUGUACUGGAUCAUUUUUGGACUUGAUCUUGGGGGGCUGACGGGGUGGCUGUGGGGCUGGCAAUACGUCCAUGCAGCAUUUGUUUUUUUUUUUUUUUUUUUUAAGAAUUGCUGUUCCCUUCUGCAGGGGCAGAGCUAAGAACCUGAUGCCUUUCCAGAUGCUC